GGCCUCCCGGGAAUCGUAGUUCUUAGUGCUGGGGCGCCUGGAGGGACUGGUGGUUGGAGGCCUGGAGCGGCACUUGCGCUUGGCCGCAGUCCCUGGCACCAUGUCCCGUGUGGCGUUGCUCUGCCACGUGAAAGGCACCGUAGCCCUGCAGGUGGGGGACGUGCGAACCUCCCAAGGCCGGCCUGGGGUGUUGGUCAUCGAUGUCACCUUCCCCAACGUCCCGCCCUUCGAGCUGCAGGAAAUCACGUUUAAGAAUUACUACACGGCCUUCCUGAGCAUCCGUGUCCGUCGGGAUACCUCGGUGCACACACCAGCCAAGUGGGUGACCUGCCUGCGGGACUACUGCCUGAUGCCCGACCCGCACAGUGAGGAAGGAGCCCAGGAGUAUGUGUCGCUGUUCAAGCACCAGAUGCUGUGUGACAUGACUGGAGUCCUGGAGCUGCGUCUGAUUCUUCGGCAGCCGUCACCACUCUGGCUGUCUUUCACAGUGGAGGAGCUGCAGAUCUACCAGCAGGGACCAAAGACUCCCCCGGUGACCUUUCCCAAGUGGCUGUCCCACCCGGUGCCCAGUGAGCAGCCUACCCCCCUUCUUGAGGGUCUCCCAGACCCGAGCAGGGUGUCCUCUGAGGUGCAGCAGAUGUGGGCGCUGACAGAGAUGAUCCGGGCCAGCCACACCUCCACAAGGAUCGGCCGCUUCGAUGUGGAUGGCUGUUAUGACCUGAACUUGCUCUCCUACACUUGAGUGGUAGCUCCUAGCUGAGACGAUGGCUUCUUCAUGCCCACCAGGCUUGGUUCGGGCCACCAGAGGCCGAAGUGUGUCCCCUGUCGCACUCCCAGUGUUGCCUGCAUGCCUGUACUGUCUGGGCCACAUUCACUGAUUCGAGACUCCUGGGCAAACUCAGUGUAAUGGCUCGUUCCUCUAGUCCUGGCUACUUGGGAGACUGAGGCAGGAGGAUUACAAGUUGGAGGCCAGUGUGGGCAACAUGGCAAGACUCUGUCUCUCUGUAAAAAAAAACAAAACAAAACGACCCUGGGGCGCCUUUUGUUGCUUUAGCAUGGGCUCCUGGCAGGGGUGUGCUCCAUCUGCAGCCCAGUCUUCCUUCAUCUUCUCCCCUGAGAACACGCCAGUUCUACCGAGAAUCCCCGAGGGCCUUCUGCCCCUCCUGCCAGCACGCACGCUGCUGUCCCCUGCCUGCUCCUCACCUGUUAGGACUGCUGCCGCUAAUGCUGGAAGGCCACUGCUGCCGUGACAUUCUGCUGGACUGGGAAGCUUAUGGCAGAAACGAACCCCAUUUCUUCCACCGAACCCCUUGUGGGCUUCUCUCUGUGCAGUGCUCACAGGAAGAAAUUCCCUGCCGCCUUCCUAGGGAGCAAAGCUCAGGAUUUCAGUGGCCUGAGUCCCUCAGUCCCCGAGCUGGCUCCUGGAUGUGUGUUCAAAUGGUACACGCUUCAGGCCUGGGCAGGUGCCUCUGGCGAGCCCACGGCCUGAAAACCAAGGCUUGGGAUCUGCUGCCAUCUGACACAGCCCCAAACACACCCCAUCCCCUCUCCUAGUUGUCCCUUUCCAGCAUCAUGCUCAGCAUGAUGAGGGAUCAGCCUUGGUGGGAGAGGUGUCCAGGUGAGGAUUCUCGCAGUGCCUUUUAGGAGUGAGGCCCUCGUUAUCUCAGGCCAACUUGAGCGAGGCAGGUUGCUCUUCCUGAGUGUGAGAAACUUGGAAGAAAGCCCGGCUGUGCUCUGGCUCUUCCUGGCUUUGCUCCUGGGGCUGUUAGGAAGCUGCUGCAGGGUGUGUCAGACCUGCAGAAUUGGACCUGUGUGGUUUUAUGGGCAAGCUGGGCCACCUUUUGGUGGCCACUCUGCUCUCCCCACUGAGUUCUUACAGGUGGUGUCUUUACCUGCAGGGUCAUUUGCUUAAUUCACUCAACUCUGUCUGAAGGGGUGCUGACUGUAGUCCCAUCUUCGAGGGACACAGCGGUCCUCAGCAUGUGUGUGGGGGAAGGACUGUGGGGUGGCAGGGAUCGUGCUCAGUCCCAGCGAGAUCAAUAAACACAUGGAAUGCAUGACUGUGCUGUCUGCCUGUCUGCUCAGCAGGAGAGCGGGGACCCCUGCAAAGGGCUGCCAUGGCGCUCGGCCUGCCGGGCUGCUCCGCCCUCUGUGACCUCUCCACACCUCCAGUCCCCAUUUGACCUUAAACUCUUGAGGUCCCAACCUGCAAACCCUUGGCAGAACUUUGAUCCCUUGGAGGCAGGGCAGAGCAGCAGGGGAGAUCCAG